CGAAGUUACCACCUAUCAUCUGAGUGGUAUUUAUGUAGAGUGAGUCAGACGUGUGUUCCUCCACAGCAAAGAAUAUGUUUCUCGGCAUUAACAAGAUAGCGACCUAUAAUAAUGGUCUGUAGCUUGCUUCAGAUGUGCGAGUUUUUCUAAAACGCAACUUUUGAGUGUCAGCUUCUAUGAUCAUCGGUUCUUGAUGAACGAAGGCAAUUACGACGUUCCUGUUGUGUUGGAAUUUGAGUAUUAACUAUGGAGAGCAUGUGAAGUUGGUGUGGCCUUUCUGACAUGUGAAGAAGAUGAUGUGGAGAGAGACAGUGAUCCAGGGGAGGUCCUUAAAAUUGGAGUCUGGCAUGGACACCACAUUGGGCUCGAUGAAUGGACUGCAAAUCAAGCUGACCUCAAUGGUUGUGCUACUGUUCAUGACACUGGUAUGCGGUUUUGCACCAUUAUGUAUUGCUAGAGGAACACGAAGAUGCAAUGCCGAUCCAGAAAUACGUCACAAAGUUCUGAGUUUAGUGAGCUGCUUUGCGGGUGGGGUGUUCCUGGCCACCUGUCUGUUGGACCUGGUGCCUGACUACCUCGUGGAGAUCAAUGAGGCAUUCAAAAGUCUGGAGAUCACUCUGCAGUUCCCUCUCCCUGAAUUCAUCAUGGCCAUGGGGUUCUUCCUCGUCCUACUGAUGGAACAGAUCGUCCUUGCCUACAAGGACCAAUCAGGUGGCUCCUUGGAUGAGAGGCGAGCCUUGUUGGUUGAAUCUAAUAUCCAGUCCUACCACAAAGAUAGCCAGGGCUACUCCCACCUGCAUUCUCCAUUUGCCCAUGGCACUGAAGAGUUGGGUGGAUCAAGAGGUCCGGGUGGGGAUGGUGUACACCUCCAUGUGGACUUCAACUCUCACUCAGCUAUCCGCUCCUUCAUCCUGGUUUUCUCACUGUCAUUGCAUUCCGUAUUUGAGGGACUGGCAGUGGGGUUGCAAAGGGAUGGCCACCAGGUACUGGAGAUUUGCAUGGCCCUGUUGCUGCACAAGAGCGUCAUUGCCUUAAGCUUGGCACUUAAGCUCACCCAAGGUCGGCUGCGGCGGGCAGCAGUUGCUGGAUGCAUUCUGGUUUUCUCUAUAAUGUCACCUCUAGGUAUUGGGCUGGGUGUCGCUCUCACAGAAUCGGAAGCCACCCCUCAGCACCAGUUGAUUUGUUCCACACUGGAGGGCCUGGCAGCAGGCACCUUCAUCUAUAUCACAUUUAUGGAGAUCUUGCCUCAUGAGCUGGGGUCCCCACAAAACCGAAUCCCCAAGGUGGCACUUCUGCUCACCGGCUUUGCAGUGGUCACAGGGGUCCUUUUCAUAAAGAUCUAGAGCCCCUCUGCUUGCGUUUGGAAAGAUUGGUUAUCAAAACUAAUUAUAUGAGCACUUUAUUAUAUAACACAAUAAACACACUCUUAUAUAACACUGGUAACUAGUAUCAUUACCAGAUAAAUGGUGUUCUAAUUUAAAAUGAACAGGA